AGGACGACUAAUGCAAUGCAACUUCCAUAGACUCCAGAAAGUCCAACUUCAUAUGCGCAGAUUUCCAUUAAAAUUAUCUGAAUAAGCAUUAACUGCAUUGAAAAGUCUUUCAGCUUUCAACUUCUUUCUCUCUCACCCUUUCCAUGGCUUUAUCUUCUUCAUAACAACUCUUUUCCAUCAUUUCCUAUUUUUUCAUUAGGCUUUUUCUUUUUUUCUCAAUUCUGCAAUCUUUUCUGAAUCAAAGUACUCUCUCUCAUUGAUUGUUUCGAUUCUGCUUCUUUUCUCAAUUUGCCAUUCUUUAUACCGUUGUUUUUACUCUCUGUUGCGCUGUUUUUGCCUUUGUUAAUUUUAAUUUCCCAAAUGGGUUUUGUCUAUUGUUGUUGUUUGAUUGAUUCUUCUGAAUAGAGAAUAUUAAGAAACGGGUCGAGUUUGAUAUUAAUAUUCUGUUUUGGGUUCUAAAGGUUUGGUGGGUUUAAUUUGGUUCCUAGUGAAGUUGAGUUUUUCGUGUUUGUUCUUGGAAAUGAGGCUUCUGGUUCGUGUAGUAGAGGCAAGAAAUUUGCCGGCAAUGGAUCUAAAUGGGUCAAGUGAUCCAUAUGUGAGAGUGCAGCUGGGAAAGCAGAAGUUCAAGACCAAAGUGGUGAAGAAGAACUUGAAUCCAAGUUGGGGAGAGGAAUUCAGUUUUCGGGUUGAGGACUUGAAGGAGGAGCUUGUAAUCUCUGUGCUAGAUGAGGACAAGUACUUCAAUGAUGACUUUGUUGGGCUGCUUAAAGUGCCAGUCUCGCUCGUUUUUGAUUCGGAGAGUAAGUCUCUUGGCACUGCUUGGUACGCUCUGCAACCCAGAAACAAAAAGUCCAAGAACAAGGACUGUGGUGAAAUUCUUUUAGGUAUUGGUUUUUCUCAAAAUAAUGCUUUUGUUGACCUGAAUCAUGAUGGCGAUCAUGCAUCACAGUUGAGAAAGAAUGCAGAUGCAGUGACAGAAGCUCCUUCUAGGUCAUCUGGUGGACCCUCAAACUCAUCCUCUCCGGGGAGAUUUGAGGAAGUUGCACCCUCUAAAGAGGAAAAGUGCAGUGCACAAAAGAACUUUGCUGCCAGAAUUGUUCAGAUUUUUAAUAAAAAUUCUGAUACAGCAUCAACUGCUGGUAGUAAAGGCAUUGAGAAUUCGGAGCCUCCUGAAACUAUUGGACCUGAGGUAUCUAAGGAUGAGGCGGAUGAUCCUUCCUCUCCAGGUGACUUUGGAGAAAUCAUGAAGGCAAUGGAAUCCAAAGAUAUGGGAAAUGAAAUUCCAAGCAAUCUACCAGGAGGGGUCCUUGUAGACCAAUUAUAUAUGAUUGCUCCCAAAGAUUUAAAUUAUCUACUUUUUUCACCUGAUUCAAGUUUUCCAAGAUCAUUGGCAGAUCUACAGGGGAAUACUGAACAACAGUUUGGUACCUGGAAAUUUGAGAAUGGUGGUGAGAGUUUGAAAAGAGUGGUUACUUAUAUUAAGGCAGCAACCAAAUUAAUUAAGGCUGUGAAAGCCACUGAGGAACAUACAUAUGUAAAAGCUGAUGGAAAGGUUUUUGCUAUUUUAGUGAGUGUGAGCACUCCAGAUAUUGUGUAUGGGAGCACCUUUAGAACUGAAUUGCAAUACCUCAUUACUCCUGGCCCUGAGCUUCCUUCAGGAGAACAAACUUCACAUUUGGUAAUAUCCUGGAGAAUGAAUUUUUUGCAGAGCACCAUGAUGAAAGGGAUGAUAGAAAAUGGAGCAAAACAAGGUCUAAAAGAUAGUUUUGAACAAUUUGUGUCUUUAUUAUCUCAAAAUGUUAAGCCAGUUGAUUUGAAGGACAUAGGAUCCACUAAGGAACAAGUUUUGGCUUCUUUGCAGGCUGAACCCCAGAGUGAUUGGAAACUGGCUGUACAAUAUUUUGCUAACUUUACUGUACUUACUACAGUUUUUAUUGCAUUAUAUGUACUUCUUCACAUCUGGAUAUCCCCUCCCAGCCCAAUUCAAGGGCUAGAGUUUGUGGGACUUGAUUUACCAGAUUCAAUCGGUGAACUCAUUGUGUGUGGUGUCCUGGUUCUUCAGUGUGAAAGGGUACUAGAGUUACUUUCUCGUUUCAUGCAGGCCAGGAUACAAAAGGGAAGUGAUCAUGGAGUGAAAGCACAAGGGGAUGGGUGGCUGCUCACUGUUGCCUUGCUUGAGGGGAGUAAUUUGGCAGCUGUUGACUCAAGUGGCUUCUGUGAUCCAUAUGUGGUAUUCACCUGUAAUGGGAAAACUAGAACCAGCUCAAUUAAGUUCCAGAAAUCUGCUCCAUUGUGGAAUGAAAUAUUUGAAUUUGAUGCAAUGGAUGACCCUCCUUCUGUGUUGGAUGUGGAAGUUUAUGAUUUUGAUGGGCCUUUUGAUGAAGCAACAUCUUUGGGACGUGCUGAAAUUAAUUUUGUAAAAUCUAAUAUAUCUGAUCUUGCUGAUGUGUGGGUUCCUCUUCGAGGAAAGUUAGCACAAGCCUGUCAGUCUAAGCUGCACCUAAGAAUUUUCUUGAAUAACACAAGAGGUAGUAAUGUUGUUAAAGAGUACUUGAAUAAGAUGGAGAAAGAGGUGGGGAAGAAGAUAAACUUGCGAUCUCCACAAACAAAUUCAGCUUUUCAAAAGCUCUUUGGGCUUCCACCAGAGGAAUUUCUCAUCAAUGAUUUUACCUGUCACCUAAAGCGAAGAAUGCUCUUGCAGGGUCGUUUAUUUCUAUCAGCGAGAAUAAUUGGCUUCCAUGCAAAUUUGUUUGGGCAGAAGACUAAAUUUUUCUUCCUUUGGGAGGAUAUAGAAGAUAUCCAAGUUUCUCCUCCUACGUUAUCAUCAAUGGGGAGUCCUACCAUUGUUAUGACUCUCUGGCCUGGGAGGGGUAUGGAUGCCAGACAUGGGGCCAAGACUCAAGAUGAAGAGGGGAGGCUGAAAUUCCACUUCCAGUCUUUUGUAUCUUUCAAUGUAGCGCACAGGACAAUCAUGGCUUUAUGGAAGGCUAGAUCGUUGUCUCCUGAACAGAAGGUGCAAAUAGCGGAAGAAGAAGAAUCGGAAGCUAAAAACCUCCAAACUGAAGAAAGUGGGUCCUUCUUGGGUCUUGAGGAUGUCAACUUAUCUGAGGUUUAUUCUUCUGGUGUUUCGGUCUCUACCAACUUCUUUAUGGAGCUCUUCAAUGGGGGUGAGUUGGAGCGGAAGGCGAUGGAGAAAGCUGGUUGUCUCAACUAUUCUCAUACCCCAUGGGAAUUGGAGAAGGAUGAUGUGUAUGAGAGGCAAAUACAUUACAGAUUCGAUCGGCGCAUUUCCCGUUAUGGAGGAGAGGUGACUAGUACACAGCAGAAACACCCCCUAUCUGAUCAUAAAGGCUGGCUUGUUGAAGAGGUUAUGACCCUUCAUGGAGUUCCACUGGGCGACUAUUUUAAUCUUCACUUGAGAUACCAAAUUGAGGAUUCGCCCUCAAGACCUAAAAGCUGUCAUGUACACGUAUUCAUCGGAAUUGCGUGGCAGAAAGACACUCGGCAUCAGAAAAGGAUUACAAAGAACAUCCAUUCAAGUUUGGAAGAUCGGCUGAAGGUGAUUUUUAGUGUUGUUGAGAAGGAAUUUUUGAACAGAUAGGGAUGUGCACUGCUGUGAGGUUGACAUUGUGGACUUGAAGGAGCAGCUUCAUUAUCCAACUUCUGCUUUCUACAACAAAAAUAUAGUGUGCAUUUUCUUUAGUGAAUCCUGCUCAGUGCUUACUUAUGUUAGUAUGUGAUUUCUUGAUUGUGGAUAAAGUAGAGGACAAACUCAAGUUGCAGCCUCAAAAUGAAUGAAUGAAUGAAGAGGAUCGGCUCCACUAAAGCACUUGAAAUUGCAGGGGAGUAAGCAACUCAAAACGCAAAUAUGAAAAGCCCAGAGGGUAAAGGAGAAGCUUUCAAGUGCUUCUAAAUCAAUACAGAAGACGCAAGUGUUUGUAAAGAAACCAACCAAAAAGGUUCUUCUGCUCUUUUCUCUGCUGAUUCAGCUCUCAGGAUAGUCUAUAGGGAUUUUUUUUUUCUUUAUGAAAAAGGAAUUGAUUUUCUUGCCUCCUGUUCAGAUCCAAGAUAUAGGAUGAAGUAAGAUUAACCUUUCUUUCUUUUUAAAAAAAGAAAAAAAAUGUCUCGUUGUGGAUUGCAUAUGGUGCUUUCAGAUUGUUUGUAAUUCUACUAUAUUAAUUUAAUUAUCAAAUAAAUUUUUUAUUUUUUA